GUUGCUGGCCGACAUUGAGGACUGAAUGGGAGGAAUGGUAUGAUAGAGUGGUGCCUGCGAGAGAAGAUGACCUGCAAGAGCUUUAUAUUCUCGAUGCCCUUCGACUUUCCAGGUUCAUUAUUCCUGAAGACCCCUUUUUGAUUCCUACUGCCUUAUGUUUUUGGAAUAUGGCUUUCAAUUUCUUCCAGUUUCGGUGUGGUAUGAUGGCCCCCACCGUUCUUGAUAUUUGCCAUCUCCUAGGGCUUUCACCCCAUGGUUCUCUUUUUACUCCCAACUAUCCAGACCUUCCUGUCAAAUUUUCUCUCCCAGCCCUAAACUCUUCUUAUAGUGACUUCGUAAAGGCUGAAAAUAAGAGAGAAGGUCCUGUGCGGGACAGAGAAUUCUUCUCCUUCAUAUUAUACUGGUUAUGCAGAUUCCUCUUUUGCACCUCAUCUCAGAGGAUUAUGCCUGAGUUUGCUCCACUUGCGAAGGCACUCGUCUUGAAGAAACAUAUCGCUCUUGCUCCUUAUCUUCUAGGUCAUGUCUACAGAGCCUGCUCCCAAUUUUGCGAAAAACCCCUCGAUGCUAACCAAGGAGGUCCCCUCUGGGUGCUCCAACUCUGGCUCUUUGCUUAUUUCACUGACCUACAUCCCAAGUGUUUAGGAUUCCUUGUUCAGGAUCCUAGUACUUACGGGGAAAAAUAUGCCAGGAUUGCCCUUUACCCUGCUUCCUUUGCUUAUUACUUUACCUUCUUUUAUCAACUUCCUAUCUCUCCAUCUGCUUCCUUCUUUUGUCCUUUCGAAGCCAAUAGAGGGCCAACCUGGCUACAAUCUUUUCUGGCUGAUAAGGAAUGUUCCACUUCUCCCCACAAAGAUAUGUGGGCCUCUAUAUUAUUACCAAGGGAGCUGUUCAUUGGCACUCUGAACCCUCGAGCCUAUAAAUGCAUAUCUGAGGUAUACUGCCCUUCUCAAUUUGCAAGGCAAUUUGGGCUCUCUCAAGGGAUACCUGUUCCUCUUUGCAGUCUUUCAAAUGUCCAUCUCACUGCCAGGGAUUUGAGAAUACCCAAAUCCAAGCCAGAGGCAGCAGUACUCAGACUGCUGAAGGAAUUGAGUGAAUUCCAAUUUAUCCCCUUUCGCCCCUUUGGCUCAGUUUUAAAAAGGUUUAAGAACUGGUGGACAGCCAAUAUGGAAGUGCGCCUCUCUGCACACCCUCAUGACUUGUUGGUGGGGUUGGGAUUGCCUUCGAAGGAUAAGUCAACAACAGCCCAGAACACUUCUCCCCCUCCUGAAGUUGUCACCACCACUCCUGCCACUUUACCCCUUCCAGCCAGGGUUACUAGAGCUGCUUCGAAGAAGGGGUCUCCACAAGAAGAGUCUCCCAAGAGAGCCGAGACUUUAGCUAUUCUCAAGAAGAAACAACAACAAAAAACAAAAAGGAGACUAGUCCUUCCUCCUGAAGUACCUGAAUCUCUUGAAGAAGAAAGAGAGGUUGAGCCAGAGAAAGAAGUGCCCUUACAAAGAACAAAGAGACAAAAGGUAACUGUAUCUUCAUCUGAUGCCAUUGAAAAUCCUGUUAGCGAGGCAACCACCAUAAUAGCGGAGAAAGAACUUAUCUCUGGAGAGUCUGAACCCCGAUCUGAAGAAGGGGAGGUUGGAAAAGAAUUGGUUAUAUCUCUGCCAAGGGAGAAGAGAAAGAAAAUGACUGUUCCUGUCACUGACCAUGUUGAGGACUCUACUCAUAAAGCAGCUGCCAAGGCAGUCGAACAGGAACAUUCCAAGGCAAUCGUUGUAUUUGAGAGAGCCAAGAAAAGAUGGCAAGAGCAAAUGCUAAGAGAGGAAGCUGCUACUGCCGAUGCAACACAAGGGGAAAUGGUAAGAAGGCAGCAGACUGCUGGACAUUACUCUCUCCGCAGUUCUCCCAUCAGUACUAGCGCCUCUGGAACAACGACAACUACUGCACUCACCUUUCCAAUGAGACCUUCCUCAAUUUCGGUUGAGGUUGACCAAAUGCAGAAUGUCAGGGUUGUUCGAGUCGUGCUUCCAAUUCAAAAGCCUAUAUUUGUCGUACCUUCUUUAAACUCCAGUAUUCCUGCAUCUCCUUUUCUUGGAUUAAAGCCAUACCUCCCUUUUUUGGCUCUUGACCUACCUCAGUCUACUUUUCCUUCGAGCCUUGCUCUUUUUUCGUCCUUUAUAGAAACUCCAACUGUUACUCCAUUCCCAAUGGCAGUUGAUUCUUCCACAGAGGACACUGGUAGCCCUUCAAUUCAUGGUUCAUCACCAAUGCCCACUUCUAGUCCCUCUUCUCUUGAUUUGCUGGUGGCCAAGACCAUAGAGGCUGCCAAAGAUGCUCCAUCCGUUUCUCCCAUCCCUAUGCAGCCCUUUGCGUCUUCCACCACAACACUCUCUAUGCCCUUAAUGUCAAGGGAUGAGGUAGACAUUUUUGAAGGAAGACUAGCUAGUCUCUUUGACAUACCUUCUACCUCUCCCACCUCUACUGCUGAAGCUGAGCCAUUAGCCUUGGCUAACUCCUUAUUGGAAAUCUUCGAGAGUUCUCCUUCCUCCAGUAACAAGCCUUUUGUACCUCCAGUAGAUUUGGACACAUGCUUGCAACUGCUGACUUCCUUUUCAAGGAUCCCCUUCGAGGCUCUACAAAGGCCUAUCAUCAGGAAUAGGUUCCUUCAAUGCUGUAACAUUGCUGAGCAGUCUGCCAUGAGUGUCUCAAGUCAUUUAUCUCAGGCUGCAGCUACUAUUGAUUUUUAUCUCAACAUUUGCCAUGCUGCUAAGGCUGCGGAUGAUAAGCUGGCUAAGGACCAGAGUUUUGUUUCUCAAGUGCAUACCGAAGUAUCAUCUCUGAAAGAACAACACUCUUCUGCCUCCCACUUUCGAGUCCAACUUCUGGAGAAGAAAGCUCAGCUCGAAGAGGAGUUAGCCGCGGUAAACCAAGCCUUGGUUCGAACUGAUAAGAAACUGCACAUCACCAAUCAAGGGCUGGCUAAUCGAAAAGAAGACAUGGCUGCGGCUAUUCAAUUAUUUCCUUCUCUUAGCAAUAGGAAAGCUAUUGUACAAAAACAACUAAAGCAUUGUAAUGAUUUUUGGGCCAAUUUGUGGCACGAUGUACUUAAUUCUUUAUGAAAGCACAAUAUUUUGAAUAUUACUUGAACAAGCUUGUAUUUUUGCAUAUGGUGUUUCACUCUAU